GACUAGAAAUAUCUAUAUCUAUAUAUAUAUAUAUAUAUAUCUAUAUAUCGUUUCUGUUCUCACUCUAAAAUGAGGGAAGAAGGGACAUCGGUUGUAAGGAGGAUUGAUAGAAUGUCAUCCAUAGAAAGCGAGCCAAGGACGUUGAGAAUGGAUCAAAUCCAUUUUGCAAGGGAGGCAGCUUUAUAUGUUCUGCAAACAAGGUCUAUGGAAGAAGCGAUGAGAAUUUUCACUGAGGGUUUGGAGCCAGUGGUGAGUGUUGUAGGAAUGAAGGCAGGAACAUUUGGUGUUGAAUUGGAGCUCGUAGACGCUGAUAAUCAUCAUCAUCAUGAUCAUGGCUUACAAAAUCCAGAAUUAAGGGAUGCAGUCACUGCUCCUUUCUAGCAAACCAAAAUUUCAUUUUUGUUAAUUUUGGCCACUCUUUGAACAAGAAAAGAAACACAAAUCACACACACUCAUAUAUACAUAUUGUACAGGACAAGGGGAAUUUCCUUCCCAUUUUACUAUAUUCAAUUUGUUCAUUUUCACCUUUUUUCCCCCUUUUACUGGUUUUGAAGGUGGCAAGAGCAUUGUAAAUUGGGUUCUAGUGGAAUUCUUCUUUUUCUUUUUU